GAGUUGGCCAAACAUGGCAAAGGGUAUAUACAAGGUGGCAGACCAAGGCUACCAUUUUUGCAAACCUUGAGCCAAAUAUAGCAAGACACAUUUGCAGGAGGUACCGCGAAUGGGAUUUUCAGUUUUAGGGUUAGAGUUUGAUGGCCACUCCUGCUCCUCCAUUACUUCCCCAUCUGAAAGAGAUAUCAAUAAGAGAGAUAAAAGAGCCAACUCAAAACUCUUUAUAUUAUCAUGACACUACUGCUCAGGUGAGUGCCACUACUAGUGCUCUCUUUGUUUUUCCAUCUUUUCCCAACUUCUACAUUGUUCUGUGUUUCCUUUUUUCUGCAACUCAACUCUCAUGGAGAGAUUUGAGACAAGUUCAAGAGAUAGAGAUCAGUGUGGAAAGCAAGGUUAAGGAGAUAUGGAGCCAUGGUUGUCCUAGUCUUUCUGGUGGUCUUCUUGGUGGUUUCUCAUGGCCUCCAAGGUUGUAUACUUGUAGCUUUUGUCACAGAGAGUUCAGGUCUGCUCAAGCUCUUGGUGGUCAUAUGAAUGUCCAUAGAAGGGAUAGAGCUUUGUUGAGGCACUCUUCUCCUUGGGAUCCUUCUUGUCUUACUAAGCCUAGGCCUGACCUUAACCUCAUUCCUCCUCCAAACCCUAACCCUAACCCUAAUUCUGUCAACUUCUCACCACAUUGUCAUGCUGCUUCUUCCAAGGCUUGCGCCUACACAUUCCCAUCCUUGUUUUCUCCUCUCAAAAGUUUCACUUCUUCUUCCUCAUCUUCGGCAUCUUCAAUGGAAGCUUUGCAAGGUUCUAGGCCAGUGAAGCCCUUAUUUAGGGUUGGGGAGUUAAAGAGUUUCUUUGACAUGGAUAUUGAGAUGUAUGCUACUGACAUUGACGAUGAUUUGGAUCUAGAGCUUCGUCUUGGUCCUUCAUAAAUUGUCUAUUAAUUUUUCUUGCAAGUUUAUCAUGCAUGUUGCUGAACUCCAUUUCAGACCUAUCUUUCAGUUCUUAGAUUGUUAGUAGAUGAAAUCAAUGCAAUAAUAUUCUUCUUUUUC